UUUCAAUUCCUCUGGCAACAAACCACACACUGGGAUCUGACGUUGUAGGUUUUUUUUUUUUUUUUUUUUUUCCUAAAGCAUAUUUAAACUCUCACACAUUUAUGUAAUGAGGAUUUUGUGUAGGAUUUUUCUGCAGAAUAACAUUUGGUCUUAUUAAGAAUUGUCUGUCAAAUGUUGGAGCAUUUGAUUGAAAAAUCCUUCUCAGCCUUUUUAGAGCUAGCUCUCGAAUGAUUAGAAGAAUUGAUUCUGAGACUCAUCAGUUCAUUUCCUGUAAAAUUCAUGUCUUGCUGUUUAUUCAUGAAUAAGAACCAGACCUUGUAGAAACCACCUCAAUCAUAUCUUGGAGCGUGAAACAUUAAUUCAUCCCGUGAACAAGAAUAAUGGGCUGUGAUCGAAACUGUGGGCUCAUCGCUGGGGCUGUCAUUGGUGCGGUUCUGGCUGUGUUUGGAGGUAUCCUAAUGCCAGUUGGAGACAUGCUGAUUGAGAAGACAAUUAAAAAGGAAAUUGUCCUUGAAGAAGGUACACUUGCUUUUAAAAAUUGGGUUAAAACAGGCACAGAAGUUUACAGACAGUUUUGGAUCUAUGAUGUGCAAAAUCCACAGGAAGUGAUGGUGAAUAGCAGCAACAUUAAAGUUAAGCAAAGAGGUCCUUACACGUACAGAGUUCGUUAUCUAGCCAAGGAAAACAUAACCCAGGACCCUGAAGACCACACAGUCUCUUUCGUGCAGCCCAAUGGUGCCAUCUUUGAACCUUCACUAUCAGUUGGAACAGAGAAUGACACUUUCACAGUUCUCAAUCUGGCUGUAGCCGGUGCAGCCCAUAUCUAUCAAAAUGCAUUUGUUCAGUCGGUACUCAAUUCACUUAUCAAAAAGUCAAAAUCUUCUAUGUUCCAAAACAGAACUUUGAAAGAACUGUUAUGGGGCUAUAAGGAUCCAUUUUUGACUUUGGUUCCAUACCCUGUUCCUACCACAGUUGGUGUGUUUUAUCCUUACAACAACACUGUAGAUGGAGUUUAUAAAGUUUUCAGUGGAAAAGAUAACAUAAGCAAAGUUGCCAUAAUUGACACUUACAAAGGUAAAAGGAAUCUCUCCUAUUGGCCAAGUUAUUGUGACAUGGUUAAUGGUACAGAUGCAGCCUCAUUUCCACCUUUUGUUGAGAAGACCCGGGUAUUGCAAUUCUUUUCCUCUGACAUUUGCAGGUCAAUCUAUGCUGUAUUUGAAUCCGACAUUAAUCUGAAAGGAAUCCCUGUGUAUAGAUUCGUUCUUCCAUCCAAGGCCUUUGCAUCUCCAGUUCAAAACCCAGACAACCAUUGCUUCUGCACAGAAGCAAUUAUCUCAAAAAAUUGUACAUCCUAUGGUGUGCUAGACAUCAGCAAAUGCAAAGAAGGAAAACCAGUGUAUAUUUCACUUCCCCAUUUUCUACAUGCAAGUCCUGAUAUUUCGGAACCUAUUGAAGGCUUAAAUCCAAAUGAAGAAGAACAUAGGACGUACUUGGAUAUUGAACCUAUAACUGGAUUUACUUUACGGUUUGCCAAACGGCUUCAGGUCAACAUGUUGGUCAAGCCAGCAAGAAAAAUUGAAGCACUAAAGAGUCUUACGAGGAACUAUAUUGUGCCUAUUUUGUGGCUUAAUGAGACUGGGACCAUUGGUGAUGAGAAGGCCGAAACGUUCAGAAAGCAAGUGACUGGAAAAAUAAACCUCCUUGGCCUUGUAGAAAUCAUCUUACUCAGUGUUGGUGUGGUGAUGUUUGUUGCUUUUAUGAUUUCAUAUUGUGCAUGCAGAUCAAAAAAAGUGAAAUAGGUAAGUAAACACAAAAAA